UUUCAAGAAUAUUGGACAACGUAGAUAUUUCCCUUAAGAAAAUUUAUUGCAAAAUGCAAACUAAAACGCGUCCUUCAGACAACUUUUAUAAAUUGCUAAAAAUAAUUCGCCUAAGCUCCAGCUUAGUCGGUAUAGACGUUAUCGAUGAGAACUAUAAAUUUAAUUAUGUUGUCGGUUUUGUUUUGAUGGCGAUUGCUUGGAAUUUUAUGAUCUCAAUAUAUACGAUUUGCAAAGAUGUCAAAACCGAUUGGACCGUUCUGUUGGAUGUAUUUUCACCGAUCAGCUGCGCCACUCAAGGCGUUGUCAAAAUAAUUUCAUUGCUCUUGUAUCCAAAAUUAUAUCGUGAACUGGCCAUGGACCUUGUGGAAAUUUACAAGAAAUACCAAGCGUUAGGAUCAAAAUAUGAGACGAAAUUAUUGGAAUGGAACCAAAGCAUGAAGAACAUUCUCAUCAUUGGUGGCUUGGGUGAAAGGCAUCUAAUAAUUAUGUGUCAGAUGCCGUAUGUCGAUGUAAACACAGAUCAUGGCUAUUUCAUUACGAUUGGUUAUAAUAUACUAUGUGUUUUCGUAGCGGCGUUCGGUUUGUAUGGUGCUGACUUGUACGUCUUUCUAUUUCUAACACACUCGAUAUUCUUUUACGAUAUUUUCGCACUUAAAGUCGGUGAUCUACAUGAAGUAUUGCGCGAGAAUAAUAAGGACAAACGUAUAAAGGCACUGGUUAAUGACAUUGCAGGAUGGCAUCAGUACUACUUGGAAUUUAACGAUAAAUGCAACCUAAUUUUCUUCUGGACCAUUACCUCACACAUAUUAUGCACCACAUUGGGGAUAUUGAGCACGUUGCUCAUAAUUAUGCUAAAAUACUGGCCAGGUGCUUAUCCCUAUAUUUUUGUCUGUUUCGUUUGGUUAUAUAUGUAUAGUAUUUUGGGAACACGUGUGGAAAUAUGUAAUGAUCAAUUUUGCGAUGGAAUUUAUGAUAUUAACUGGUAUGAUCUGGAUGUUAGCG